AUGGCGACCUGGAAAGAUUUACAGCUCAAUUUGCAAAGUGGAAAAACAAUAGACCAAGCUGAAAGGACACUGUUGGAGGCUGAAAAGAGAUGCUGGAGAGAUGUCCUGACUCGCUUAAUCUCCAUCAUCCAAUCUCUAGCUGGGAGAAAUCUUGCAUUUAGAGGUUCAUCAAAAACUUUACACCAGCAAAAUAAUGGGAAUUUUUUAAAAGAGGUGGAGCUGCUUGCUAAAUUUGAUCCUGUCAUGAAGCACCACACUGAGUGUGUUGAGAGUGGCCAGUUCAGUCAUUCCAGCUAUCUUGGAAAUAUCAUCCAAAAUGAACUUAUUGCCUCAAUCAGUGGGAAAAUAAUGGACACAGUGGUGACUGAGAUUAAACAGUCCAAAUUUUAUUCAGUCAAUUUGGACUGUACUCCCGAUGCAAGCUGCCAAGAACAGAUGUCAGUCAUCAUACGGACUGUCAAAAUGGACAAAGCACCAGAAAUCAAGGAACAUUUUAUGGGAGUUCUUGUAGCUUCUGAAACAACAGGUCUUGGUUUGCUAUCAUUGAUUUUGAAGGAACUGAUGGAACUGAAUAUUCCCUUUGAUGAUUGCAGAGGACAAUCAUAUGAUAAUGGUGCCAAUAUGAAAGGGAGGAACAAAGGAGUUCAACCCAGACUUUCUUGA